UAAGCUUUUUGAAUAAUGUCUAUAUAGUAAAAUCAAACAUGUAUCACUUGAAAUGUGUUUUUUUUCCCCUAAAAAUUAAUUUGAAUAUUUUGGGUUUCUUUUUUCAUAUAAAGGAAUCUGAAAGCUUCUGGAAUUACAGGCUAUUAUGAUAAGGAAUUCAGAAAUAGGCAUGCUAUUAACUAUAAUAUGUUCACAACAGAAAAGGUUACUAAAAUAACAUAGGCCACAGGUGAUAUUUGGGGUGGGGUGGGAGUAUGUGUGUGUGUUUACAUGUUUUACCUGCAUGCCAUGGAAGAGACACCAAUUAUAUUAGUGAAAUUUUAUUCCAAUUAAUAGCAGUCGAAGGAUUCAGUAUUUUCAACCACCAUGCCGCAUAGAACAUACAGAGUUCAAGUCAUGUUCCGAAUGAUUUUAAUCUUUAAAACAAUUAAAAGGAAUAAACCAGACAGUGAAGAUGAAUGAAUGAAUAAAACACUUGUUCCCAACUCCUGCAGAAAGGCCCAUCCUUUAAAUAUCAUGACCAUACUUUGGCUUUGCAUAUUCAAAAUGUGUUUUCAACAAAGACCACUGUAAAGAACUUGCUUUUUUACUCUGCUACUGAACAUGGUAAGAACUGCUGAUGGGACCUUUUGGAUUUUUUUUAUAGUUUGUAGCAAAAGCUAAAUCUGUGAUUGACUGUAAGAUUGAAGCUACCUUUAAAAGAUUUGCACUCGCUCAAAGAUAUCCACAUCCACAUCUCAGAAAUGGCAGCAGAAAUGGGCUCUGCAAAUGAAAAUUCAUCUUCAUUUUUACAUACCACUCAUGCAAUGGACUGGAACUACUACAACUGGUGCACAGAUUACCCCACUGCCCGUAUCACAUGGUCAACAAUAUCUAUGAUCUGUUUUUUCUUGGGUUUACCAGUCAAUGUGUGGGUCCUACAUGAGCUUCUGCCGAGGCAAAGACAAAAAGCCACCAGUGACUUCAUCAUGCUCAGUCUGGCUGUUAUCAAUCUGAUUUUCACAGCACAGAUCCCAUUCUGUGUAUUUAAUUUCAUGGCAUGGCAUAGUACGGAGCUACAAAUUAUUUUCGUCUUUAUCUUCAACAUAAGCGUGCAGGGUAGACCUCUGUUUAUGGCUUACAUUUGUUUGGAUUGUUAUGUUGCUGUGGUUUACCCCAUAGAGUACAAAGCCAGUAGGAAACUCGCUGUAAUUAAGAAGAUAAUCACAAUAAUAAUGUAUUUCAUUAUAGCGGGUUUUGGAUUGCUUACGUGCACUAUAACAUGGUUAUUUACAACUCCUUUUGUCGCCCUUCCUUUAAUCAUGGCACUACCAGUUAUCUCCUUCUGUGACAUUUCCAUUCUUCGAGCCUUGAGAAAACCGGAUCCAACAGGAAAGAACAAAAUCCAUCCACAGAAGAAACGAGCUCUUCACACCAUCUUCAACAGCUUUAUCAUGACGUUUGUUGUCUAUCUGCCACCAGCGAUCAUUUUCUCAUUUGGAAACCUGUUGCCACUUGAAGAAACGGUGCGCUAUUGUUGUAUAACCCCGUAUGGAUAUUGUUUUUCGACAGCUGGAUGUAUAAUUAUGCCUGUUCUAUAUCUGGUCAGUGUGGAUAAGCUGGACAUUUUUAAGAACUGUUGGAAGAAAUGAACUCUUAUCUACAAUCAUAAACAACGACAUCUAAAGCUCAUUGAACAUCACAGAAUUUCUUUUGCUUGUCUGAAAGUGCUGUUUCAGAAUUCUAGUAAUACUUCGGUAGUUGUCUUUGUAAAUUCCUUAACUGCAAAUUUUUCUGAAAUAGACACAAGUUUACAUCAACAGAUGGAGUGUGUCAUACAGUAUACAGUGAUUAUUGAAUAUUUAGGGAGUAGCUCGGUUUCAUAAAAACAAUACCUUGGGUUUUUAGAGUCAUGUGUGGUUUAAUUGCACUACAGUUCUAAACUACGAACGGCUGUACUUUACUUCUUUCUCUUGGUCAUAUGUUAGUAAACAAAAGAUGACAGGCUGUUGUAGGAUACUAAUCAAUGAUGGAAGCAUAGUUACCGUAUCCACCCUGAAUUGGAAUAUUUUCCAAUAACUACAUAUUUUAUUCCUGUAAUACCACAAUUGUCAACAAUAAUAAUUUUCAAUUUAUAAUGAAUGACACCUUUUGAUCUAUUUAUAGUUACACUUAAUGUUGUUCAUCUGCAAAUGUCCACAAAGUUCCUGUUAUAACUUAAGUUGUAGCAGCUAUAAAUAGCAUUUUAAAAAAAUGCACCUUGCACUGUUACUUAAAAAUCAGAAGAGUACUAAAGGCUUUCCCAUAACAAAAAUGCUGACACUGAAGAUUCCUUUCAUAAAUGUUAAAUAAUAAAUAUCUGCUUACAGAAAGUUUCAUCACAUCAACAAUUAUCCUUUUUGCUUUGUUUAAUAACAAAAUAUUUUGUUAAUCUGUAUAUUAACCUUAUAUUACGUAGUGCAUCUUUCAUUUAAUUAGCUGUUACUAUAGAAACAAUGUUAUUUGCAUCUGAAACUACUGUCAGGGCUGCAGUUGCCUUCUGAUGAAUUUGAAUUUGAGAAUUCAACAGCUCUGUGAUAUAAACCAUUUUAUUUUAAACUAUUUAACUAUUUACCCUUAAAUUGUGUCCAUGUUUGCUAGCAGGCUUGCUAAUAUUUGAGAAGCC